GAAGUCUCGCUCUUGUUGCCCAGGCUGGAGUACAAUGGUGUGAUCUCGGCUCACCGCAACCUCUACCUCCCGGGUUCAAGUGAUUCUCCUGCCUCAGCCUCACGAGUAGCUGGGAUUACAGGCAUACGGCACCAUGCCCAGCUAAUUUUGUAUUUUUAGUAGAGACGGAGUUUCUCCAUGUUGGUCAGGCUGGUCUCAAACUCCCGACCUCAGGUGAUCCACCCACCUCGGCCUCCCAAAUUGCUGGGAUUACAGGCGUGAGCCACUGCGCCCAGCUGUGUUUGAGUUCUGUAGUAAACUGUCCAGUUGGUUUAAUUUGCUCAAGAGAUGAGGAAAAGACUUGCACUUUGUGCCUCCUGGGAAGGAGACUAACGUUUUCAACAUACCUUAUGGCAGGUAUUUAAUUUCAGAGUAGAGACCCCACUCUGAUGCCUGGUAAGGUUAUUGGAAGUGAAAUCUCACAAGAUCUUACAGUUCGUUGUGAGAUAAGGUAGGAUUUGGUGAGGAGUAACAAAUACUAGCAGAUUUCGGCCCAAACUUCUAUUAUAGCUAAACAUUACUGAAAAAAAACCCACAACCUACUUUAUGUAACAUAUAACUGCUCACACACAUACAAAAAUACACACACACACAAUUUCGGCAAACACAAAUAAUAAUUUAAAGAAACAAAUUCAAAGUUAGAGCCAGGUAUGGUGGCACAUGCCUGAAAUCCCAGCUACUUGGGAGGAUCCCUGAAGACGAGAAGUUCCAGGCUGUAAUGCACUAUGAUGGCUCCUGUGACUUGCCACUGCACUCCAGUCUGGCAACAUAGCCAGAGUCCAUCUUGUUCAAAAACAAAAAUAAACAAACAAAAAACGGCAAAAUGAAAGCUCAGCCCUCAUCAGGUUUGGGUGACAGAGCGAGACCCUGUCUAAGAAAAAAAAUAAAAUUAAAUGAAAAUUCGUUAUCAGACAGUAAAGCAUGAACCCAGAGUGCUGGUCAAGUCACUGCAGGUCUGAGUGUAUAUCAAGGUUUAACUCCAUAAGAUGAAAAGCAGGCAAUGAAUCUUUGGCCUGGGUGUUGACAGUCUAGGCUCAAGCUUCAGCUUUCCCACUCACUAGCUUGCUGACCUUGGACAAGUCACUUAUAUUCUCUGAACUUACUCAUGAAACGGAGAUAAUUUCAUCUGUCUCUCGCAAGAAAAAGUCCUGGUAAAUGCACAUGAUCGUUUCCGUUUUACACAGAACACUGACAAAUACUGUCCUAAGAUCAUGGAGUUAAUAACCACCAGAACCUAGACUCAAUACUUAUGGAACUUCAAAUCUCAUGCUUUUCUCAUUGCACUUAUGUUACUCCAUUACGUAGGAGCAAGGGAGAGUUGAGAACAUUUGAAGAGGUUACGCAAAGGACCAGCUCUGCGGAGUAGGCUUAGCAUUAGCAAGUAACAUGAGGGAAGGUAACACCGUUCAUCUGUGUAGCGAAGUGGGAGCCAAGAGACAAGGAGAACGUUUCAUGUUCGCCACGUGUCUCGGAUAUUCUGGCUUCUGCAGGGACGAGAACGCGCAGUUUCGCCUUCAUCCCUUGACCUCCAACACAGCUUCUCCACUGGACCAUCGGUGGCGAUAAAGGGGCGGCUGGGGAAGGAUGUCAGAGAAACCUGAAGCUUGACGGUGAAUCCUCGGGUUUUAAGGAGAGAGCAAAGUCCUGAGAGGGCGACGUAUUGUCCCUGCUCACCUAACCCAGAAUGAACAAACACGCGCCAGCCAGGGAGCAGCGAGCCGAGAAUCCGGACGAACCUCUGCAACCGCCAUUUGCCGUUCCCGCAAAGACUACCAAGACCACAAUGCAACGGGAUGCCGAGCUAAUUCCCAGUGAGCAGCAGGCGAGGCGCCACCGACGCGGAAGACUACAAGCCCCAGCGGGCGACGACCGAACGCGCCCGGGAACACUGGGCCCCGAGCUCGGGCCCGCGCCGGAGGGUCCUCCACGGAGCUAGAUGGUUGCGUCGGGGGCGGGAGCGGAGGUGAGCGGGCGCUAGGGCCGCGAGCCCCCGCCGGCUCUUCCUCCAGCGCCCUGCGAACGCCGCAGAGGGCGCCCGCCUCCCUAGCAAACGCGUAUCGAUUUUUCUCGCUGUGGCAACGGGGACGUCCCGGUAGAUCCUCUGCUCCAAUAGGCAACUCCGGCCUUCCCUGCCCUAACCUGGAACCUCUGGGAGGGCUGCAGAGUAAGUGCCGCCUCUGCGCUCCGACGGAGGCACGAGGCCUGUGGAGUAGGUCCCUCUGUUCCGACAGGUGCGACACUUGGCGCUCCAUGCCUGCGGGCGCGGGGAGGCCUGGCCUCCCCCAGGGCCGCCACCUCUGCUGGUUGCUUUGUGCUUUCACCUUAAAGCUCUGUAUCUUCCUCAUGUAUCAAGCGCACAGGUGGAAAAGGGCGGCACCACAUGGAAUGAGGGCAAGCGCUGUUCCGGGAAGUUGGAUGGGCAGAGCCUGGGAGAAAUGUUUUCUGAAUGGCCUGGGGCUGGCAUUUAUCUUUCCUUUAGCGAGCACCUCAAAUUUGCCAUGCUGGCUGGUGGAAGAGUUUGUGGUAGCAGAAGAGUGCUCUCCAUGCUCUAAUUUCCGGGCUAAAACUACCCCUGAGUGUGGUUCCACAGGAUAUGUAGAGAAAAUCACAUGCAGCUCAUCUAAGAGAAAUGAGUUCAAAAGCUGCCGCUCAGCUUUGAUGGAACAACGCUUAUUUUGGAAGUUCGAAGGGGCUGUUGUGUGUGUGGCCCUGAUCUUCGCUUGUCUUGUCAUCAUUCGUCAGCGACAAUUGGACAGAAAGGCUCUGGAAAAGGUCCGGAAGCAAAUCGAGUCCAUAUAGCUACAUUCCACCCUUUUAUCCUGGGUCUUAGAGACCCUGUCUCAGACAGUGAAAGUGAAAUGGACUGAUUUGCACUCUUGGUUCUUUGGAGCCUUGUGGUGGAAUCCCGUUUUCCCCAUCUUCUUUCAGAUCAUUAAUGAGCAGAAUAAAAAGAGUAAAAUGGU